GUUCUUAGUAAACUGCAGCCGGGAAGACAAGACUCAGAUGGAGGUAGAAAGAGCUGAUCCAGAGUGGGUCUAAUUUCUAAGCCUUUAUCUGGGGCUGAGUUUUUGUUGUUAACUUAUUGAAUUUGGAGAUGUAUUGCACUGGUCACAUGAACACCAGAGCAGCACCAGCUUCAAAUUAGUGACAGGCAGUUUUGAUUUUGUAGAAUAUUUUUAUUAAAGAAGAUAAAAGAGCCAAGCAUAGAUCUAAUCCUCUUUUCACCCAACUGCAAAAUCAAAAGUUAAGAAACAGCAUCUAAGAGCACUUUUAGGUGGGAAAAACGUCUACCUAGAGAUGGCUCUAAAUGAUAGUUUCCUUCCAAACUUGCACUGCAAUGUCUCCAAUCACAGUGUGGAUCUGCCCAUGAACGACGACUGGUUCCACCCAGGGAUCCUCUAUGUUAUCCCUGCAAUUUAUGGAGCUAUCAUUCUGAUAGGCCUCAUUGGCAACAUAACCCUGAUCAAGAUCUUCUGUACAGUCAAGUCCAUGCGGAAUGUUCCGAACCUGUUCAUCUCCAGUCUGGCACUGGGAGACCUGCUCCUCCUGGUAACGUGUGCUCCCGUGGAUGCCAGCAGGUACCUGGCCGACAGAUGGCUGUUUGGCAGGAUUGGCUGCAAACUGAUCCCCUUCAUACAGCUUACUUCGGUCGGCGUGUCUGUCUUCACACUCACCGCACUCUCGGCGGACAGGUACAAAGCCAUUGUCCGGCCGAUGGACAUUCAGGCCUCUCAUGCCCUGAUGAAGAUCUGCCUCAAAGCCGCCUUGAUCUGGGUCAUCUCCAUGCUGCUGGCCAUCCCAGAGGCUGUGUUUUCUGACCUCCACCCCUUCCACGAGGAAAGCACCAAUCAGACCUUCAUUAGCUGUGCCCCAUACCCACACUCUAAUGAGUUGCACCCCAAAAUCCACUCCAUGGCUUCCUUUUUGGUCUUUUACAUCAUCCCACUGUCAAUCAUCUCCGUCUACUACUACUUCAUUGCCAAAAAUCUGAUCCAGAGUGCUUACAAUCUUCCUGUGGAAGGCAACAUCCAUGUCAAGAAGCAGAUUGAAUCCCGGAAGCGACUCGCCAAGACAGUACUGGUGUUUGUGGGCCUCUUUGCCUUCUGCUGGCUCCCCAAUCAUGUCAUCUACCUGUACCGGUCCUACCACUACUCUGAGGUGGACACCUCAAUGCUCCACUUUGUCACCAGCAUCUGUGCCCGCCUCCUAGCCUUUACCAACUCUUGUGUGAACCCUUUUGCCCUCUAUCUGCUGAGCAAGAGUUUCAGGAAACAGUUCAACACCCAGCUCCUUUGUUGUCGACCCGGCUUGAUGACUCGGUCUCACAGCACUGGCAGAAGUACCACCUGCAUGACUUCCUUCAAGAGUACCAACCCCUCUGUGGCCACUUUCAGCCUAAUCAAUGGAAACAUCUGUCAUGAGGGGUAUGUCUAGACUGAUCCUUGACUUUGCCCCACUAGGGAUUCCUGGUUUUGUUUUAUGGCUAGUCAGGAGCCCUCACAUUUGUUGUCUCUGUACCCUCCAAAGACCCUUCAGAAAGUUCAUGAAUGGUAUAGGUAGGUUGGGGAGAGGUCUAAAUCAAUCACUAUUAUAUCUCAAAGUAAGCCGUCAGGCUUAUGUUUUCCAUUUCAGCCUGUGAAUGUCUCUUCAGAGGCAAACCUUCACUUUUUCAGAAAAAGGAACAAAUACGUAAUUAUUAUUUUAAGCUUCAAGCCCAGAUAUACAAGUGUGGCCAAUUAAGUCAUAGAAACCAUGUGAACAACCAGAUCUACAUAGCAGAUGAUCAUACAUUGAAUGUCUACUUUGUAAAAGACUUCAUCUUGUCAUUUCUUUAGGGAGAAGCUAUGCUUUAAAAAUAUGAUUUGACUCCUUUCUCAGGAAUAUCUAUAACACAAAAAACAAGGAACAACUUUCAUUUACACUCCCAGCAUGAAAAGUCAACCCUACGAAAGAGCCCCAUGUAGGAGGAACAGUCUCCAAAUUGUUAACACCAGAAGCCAAUUUUAUAUAAAACAAAACCAUAAGUGUUGACUUAAAUCAAG